AUGGAGGAGGUGCGGGAAGGACCGGAGCUCGGCGGCGGGAUCGAGGAACCCGCGAGUCCCCAGGAGCCGGCGUCGCCGCCCCCGCCACCGUCGCCGCCUUCGCCCGCGGCCCCCGAGACCCCCGGGCUCCCCGCGCCCGAGUCGCCAACCGAGGCCCACGCGCGGCAGCUGCUGCUGCAAGAGUGGGCGCCGCCGGGGGGGAGCCUGGAGCUGCCCCCGCGCCUCACCUGGAAGCUGCUGUUCCUGCGGCGGCCGCUCUACCGUAACCUGCUGCGCUCGCCCAACCCCGAAGGCAUCAACAUUUAUGAGCCAGCUCCCCCUACCGGUCCCACCCAGCAACCCCUGGAGGCUCUGGGCAAUUUCCGCGGCUGGCACAUCAGGACUGAGAAACUCCAACAGAACCUCAGCUGGACGGUGAAGCAGCAGUGCGUGGACCUUCUGGCCGAGGGCUUGUGGGAGGAGCUCCUGGACGAUGAGCAGCCGCGUAUCACGGUCAUGGACUGGUUCGAGGACAGCCGACUGGACGCAUGUGUGUAUCAGCUGCACGUCUGGCUGCUGGCCUCUGACCGCAGCACAGUCAUCGCCCAGCACCACGUGGCCCCCCGCACCUCUGGGAGAGGCCCUCCCGGCCACUGGAUCCAGGUGUCCCAUGUAUUCCGCCAGUACGGCCCCGGCGUCCGCUUUGUCCACUUCCUGCACAAGACCAAGAACCGGAUGGAGCGUGGUGGGCUGCGGCGGACUAGGGUGACCGACUCUUCUGUGUCUGUGCAAUUCCAGGAGUGA